AGGAGCUUGUAUUCAGCAUUGAUGUCGAACUAUAGUUUGGAAAAAUUGCAGUUGUAGUUGCAUUUUUGUGUUACGUAGAAGUGCCGUAGGUUUUCAUUCGACUUUUCAUCUUCUCUGGGUCUCAUCGUUUGCGAGGUGCAAGAAAGAGUAGGCGUGAGUUCAGCGACUCCAGUUGCAGUUCAAACAGAAGUAAGUACAGGCAUUUUUAGUGCAAAGGGAAAAUCCAAAUGCAGACUGGAAGUACCAAAAUGGUGUCUCGCCCUGGCUGGCUAAAGAGCGAUGUGCAUCGCCGAGCAGGAGCACGCCUUCGCUACGUGCACUUGAUCUUCUCAUUUUUAUUCCUUCACAGCAGUGGUUUUCUCCGUAUUCUUGAUGCAGUAGCUAAGCGGGUGCAGUCGACUUCCUCCGUCGGAGAGACGCCGGCUGAUAGCACGGUAGCGCAUCGUCCUAUCAAAUGCAAAUAUGUCUGGGUCUAGAAGAAUCCAGGCAUUUUUCUUCAUGCCGUUGUUGCAUCGAUCUGCAGGAAAAAAUGGACACAAAGCCUUACAAAUUCUGUGAAGGAUUUAUUUCUAUGCGUAGUCUCCUGCAUGAGAAGUGUCGUCUUCUGGGACCAAAAAUCGGACAACUUUUGCUGAUUAAGUACUUAUGUAAACGCAUUAGAUUUUAGUUUUACACAGGUUUUGAUCUCUUCCAGAAUCUGCAUCACAAGCUGGCAUUUAGUAAACAGGCCUCGGCACCUGUCUGCAUAUCGGUCGACGUGCGCACUGCUGCGCUACUAGGGUCAAAAUGAAAACUAGGAAUCAAUGAGUACUUAGCCAAAACCAAGCGCGGCUGUGUAGACAAAAUCUGCCGCGUCACAAGUUUGCAUUCUUCCAGACCCAGAGAUACUUAUUUGCACUGCAUAGUUACCGAGACAACAGCUGCAUCGGAUGCAACGCCCGUGCUCAAGAGGAUUGACGUAGGCGAGUGGUUCAGAGUACAUCAUGACACGAUGGCGGAAGCAGACCAAGACUGGAUCAUCGCCCGCAUGAAUAAAGUGUUCGUCCCCGUCACAUCCCACACGGCCACCAGCUACGAGGUGCAAAUGCUCUUUGACACCCUUUCCGGUCCGAACGAGGACGAGGGUCGCCGCGUGACAUUUGGCGCUGACUUGAGACGUGUCCGCAGUGUGGGAAAAUGGAUCCCGCAAAUAGAGCUAGUGGGGAAAGCUGGAAAGAUGGUGUGGACGGGAUCACAAAAAAUGGCCUGCGAAACCUCGUUAGGGACCGGCGGCGAUUACGCCACAGUCCUGUGGACCGACCGCAAUCUCGCGAUGAGAGAGGCCGCUUACAACUUUCGUAUCCAGAAGUCGUGGUCUACUAACCCGCUGAACCAGUCGGAUGGUUCUACGCUAUAUCGCUCCCAAAAUCGCAACCGAAAUUGUGGUUCUUUACCUCGAUCAUGCUUCAAGCCCGGCACCAUUCGAGCCACGACCCCGAGUGUGGGGCGGCUUGGGUUGGAAGUUGCGGCAUACGACACAACCGUCCGCCUGUGGUCUGGUGCCGAGGGUAAGGGAUAGAUUUGAACAAGCAACUUCCGAGGAGGGUGUCUAGUUGCCACCGUGAGGCAGCAAUGGGGCUUCGGUCGGAAGGCAAUCCACGGAAAAGCACUUUGUCGGGGCUUCACUUUAUGACCAGAAUUUUGAUUGUCUGGAAAAGAAAGCCGGACGAGAAAUUGAAUAAUUUUUGGGCUCGCCCGGAAACAGAGCCAAAGCUGCCCCCAGAAACGGUUCCAAAAUUCGCCCGCGGCUCAGCGGAAAAUGCAGAACCAAAACCCCACAUAAAAAUGGUUCGCGAAAUAGAGGGGGAGAAUUUUUUUGAGGCCGUUUUUUUUUUUAUCAGCCGAAAACUUCGGAGGCGACUCGGACAAGUUUUGGGCUGGAUUCCAGGCCAGCAACAUUUUUCGCUUCGUGGCAAAAAAUUAUCUUGCUGUUUUUGCGAUGCCAGCUUGCGCCACGAAAAAAUAUAUUGCGCUCCAGGUACAGGCCAGCUUCUGGGGCGCGCUUCUCGUUUCGGGUGCACGAUUUUUCCACGCCAGCAUUUGGCGCCUUGCGAUCCGUGUGCGCGAAUGUACUCCCGGCCGCGCCCAAAGUGAAGAGUCGCCGCGCCGUAUGGCGCACUAGCGGGCAUGUGGAGCUGACAGCCGGAGGCUUUUCAGCCUGGGGGACAGGCGCGGCCCCUAUGCGGGCGUCCGCGCGGAUUUGGCGCGGGCAGCUUCAGAACCCUUUUUUUUUUGGGGGGUGUUUAGUGUCGUUCUCGGAAAGGGCUGAACAUUCGAAGUAGGGCGCAGCAUUUCGGUUUUUUUUGGUGCAUAUUGUGGAGCAAGCCAUGUGCCAUAUGCUCGAUGUGCACUUUAACCCGCGCAAGUACGUGCUCGACGACGAUGACUUGUUCUCGUGCUCCUCGGAUCCUACUCGGCGGGAUCACGAUGACUAUUUCAAACAUUCCGAAGACUGGUCGUACUGCGUGGACGUCGAGAUUGCAAACGCGAAAUUGCUUCAGAAAUUGGGAAUUUUCGCUUCGCCGUGGAACUUUUUUUCUGCUGACAAUAAUGUUGACUUGGUAAACCACGACCCGAACUUAUCCUGCGCAAAAACGUCCCCACCCCAUGUUCAUAGUCAAGAUCGUGAUGGAAGCUGCGUUUGACAAGUUUCCUAUUGCGCAUGACAAGUUUGUGCCGGCAAUAUUUUUUUACAGGUAAUCGUCUUCGGCUAUUACAGUAAGUUGCAACAUGAAAAAUCGAUCAUCUUCAACAGACUGGUUAUGACUCGAGGAGUAAUGCAAAUUCCAAAACAGCACUACUUCACGGGGUUGCGCAUCAGAGACAUUUUGGACCUGCAGGUUUGCAUGACAGCUCUGGUGGGGUCGAGACAUUUUUACUCAGGGUAGAGCUACGCUGUAGAGUUACCGCGUGCCCGGAAAGUGUAUGUCAGGAGCGUGCGGAAAGGGCGUCCUGAACCCUUGAAGUUCAGGUUCCGUCCUAUGGAUUUCGAGACCGGCAUUGCAGCAAAGCAGGUAGUGGAGCUUCAGUUUUUCAUGCCGGGCUACAUCACGCCUACCUUUGAGAACUUGGAAAGGAGGUUCAACAUGGUCAUUCUGGAUUGUGAAGGCCUGAUUGAGGACGAGCUGCACCGUGAGGGUGUGUACUUCUCCGCCGCCUUCACUGCCCUGGAGCCGGCCGUUGUUGCGUUUCUUGCAAAGGAUGACGUGCUCCUGCAGGCGGGCGGACCCGGACGCGGAGGUGGGGAAAGGGAGCUUCUCGCUCCCCUUUCUGGAACAACCGAUCUGCUGAACCCAGAGUUGAUUUUACGGGUCUUCUAUUGAAAUGAAAAUCGCACCCCCCACCGCCGCCGAAUAAAGUUGGAAAUUUUUCUGAUGCAAAGUUUUCCAUGCAAUAUAGAAACCAAACUUUUCCCGCGCCGGCGAUUGCUGGGGGCCUUUGCAACGCAGUUUAGCGUCAUAAAUUUGUGAUGCUGAAGAUACAUGCUCAUGCAGGAUGUUGGGAGGUGUUUCGCAACACAAAUGCUUCCAAGUUCUGGGGUCGCGGGGGCGUUUUUCACUAUAAUAUCUUCGGGUAUGAACAUACAGAGGGCACGACGACGACGACUACGACGACCGCCGGGACAGUCCAAGGCGGUCGUCGAACUAGAGCUGUAGGGACUACUAGUUCGCCGGUACUACGACGGCCGACGACGCGACGACGCUACGAAGACGGCCGCGAACUAGUAGCUCCUGCAGCGGCCGCUGGUUUUCUCGCGCCGACCACUCGCGGCGAUGACUCCAGGAGCAUCACAGAAAUCGUUUUCCGUAACGAGGACGCUUUAGAUUUGGUUGCCGGAAAGUUCUACCAACUCGUCCGCCCUCUACUCAUCGACCUGUUGAAGCUCAGCGUGUACGACCUGCCGCGGAACGCGCAAGGACGUGCGGUGCUGUUUGAGGGGCCAGAAGGAGCUUUCUUGUUCUCUGGCACGGAGGCCACUCUUCCG